UAGACAUAUACAGAGAUAGAUAUUUACAAAAAAGUAGGCUAGUUUUUUUAUUUAGGUUUAAGUUGUAGCCUAAUAUACUAGCCAGUAAGCAAAGUAAAUGGAAUUCUAUUUUUAAAAUUUUUAAUGUAAAUUAUUGGAAAAUCCAUGUGGAUCUUAUUGGUUAUACAUACUGCAUAAUGGUCCGUAGUAUGCAACCAUGAAAAUCCUUCCGGUUGCAACAAUUCCAAUCAUUUGGUUUUUAGCAUCGUCAGCAUUUAGUUUUGUGAAUAGUGUGGCAGAAAAUAAAAGUGUUACUUUACCCAAAAUUAUAGAAAAUAUCCCGAAAGUCACUUUAAGUUUGCUAAACAAUAAAAAAGAAACGAAUGUGACUGCACCUAAAAGAAAUAUUUAUGAUGCUGUCAAGAAAAAGUUCGUGAAGAUAAUCAGUAAACCAAAUCCCAACGAACAUGGAAGAUGGUCUGGAUUUCGCAGAGCUAUACUCCGUUUUAUCCUUCAUCUUUUCGGAAUUGCAUUAGCGCCGGUGAAAGAGACAGCAGCAAUUGCUGAGAAAGUGGGGCUGAUACCGGAAACUUCAGGUCUAGACACAAAUAAUUCGUUUUUCCAUGGCGCGAUUCUAAGUUUCAAGGCCAAGGUGCAGGGAAUUUACCCCGGUACAAAAUGGUGCGGCAAGGGGAACGUGGCCGAAUCACAGAAUGACUUAGGAGCUUUCUCUGGCUCAGAUAAUUGUUGCAAAGAUCAUGAUAAUUGUUUGGAUUUUAUAUUACCAGGAAAAGUACGGUUUGGUCUAAAAAAUAAUGGACUUUUCAGAAGAUCGUCGUGUAAAUGUGACGGCGAUUUUUACAAUUGCCUCAAAAGGGUAAAAUCUCCGGCAUCAGAUCAAGUUGGCUAUACUUAUUUUACGAUUUUGGGACCUCAAUGCUUUUUAAAAGUGGACUGUAGUCAACAAAAUGUAACUUGCAGAACUGGCUUAAAACAAGGAUUCGAGUACCAAUGGUCUGACAAUCCACAAUAUUAAAUAUUCUUUGUAUUAAAUAAAUUAUUUAAAGCUAAAAA